UCAGACUGUCAUUUGAAUUUUGAAUUUAGCUGGUAGGUAGUUGGACUAAACUAAGUUUGUUUACUUUUUGUUUAUACCUAUGUAUAAAAGGUAAAAUUAUGGAAGAUUUCGAUGUAUUCACCGACGAAAUUAAAUUUACAAAGCCACUGUUUAAGAACAUACUUAACAAGUUUGUUAAAGAGGCGCCUGCUACGCCAAGUGGGCCAAACUAUCAAAGUGGUCGAAAACUGCUAGGUGAAGAAUGUUUAUCAAACGGAGAAGAACUGAACUGUGCCUUUCAGUUCAGCGAGGCUGUGUCUGCUACACUGAGGACUAUGGCUGUGUACAGAGAGGAACAGAUGAAGGCUGCAAAUGAUAAACUUUACAAGAUUACUAGUUAUAUCCAGCCCAUACAAGAUUUGAUUGAUGCAAACCCUAUUUCCAAGGAGGACGAAGAAUUGCUAGAUUUUCUUUGCCCGAAACCAGCUGAUGUGACAGAAAACUUGACAGAAAAGUUGAAAACUUUGAGGAUAGAGGUGGAGCCAUUUCACAAAAAAUAUUUGAGGUUUGGACCUCACAACAAUACAGAUAACUUACAAAAGAUUUUGAAGGAAUUGCCAAAAGAAUGGACUAUAGUACAACUAACUGCACCGUACAACCCGAACGAGAAUUUAAAAUCAUUUGAAUUGGUCCGAACAGAGAUUGAUUCUAUAUACCUGACCAUGUACAGCAAUGACUAUUUGGGAGACCACGGACCUCUUACUGUGCGAAUCCCUGCUAAUGUGCAUAAAGAAGGGACAAAACCAUUGUUCACCGAGUUAUACUCUCUUCUGGACGACAACUUCGAGACCAUAGACAAGGCUCAGUUUCUUAACAACAAGCGAUUAGUUCAGAACUACUGGAACCGACGGGAGGACAUUGACCUCAGGAUGAAGAGUGUGAUUAUGGUGAUGGAUAAAGAGUGGCUUGGCGGCUGGGGUAGUUUACUGACUGGGAGGCUGGUGGAGGAAGGCUUUAGAGACAAAAUUGUCAAAUUGGUGGACACCACCAUCGGAGAUUGGGGGUUCAUAAAACUGAACACCAAACAGAAGAUCCUAUUAUACAACUUAAUAGAAAGCAGUCCAGUGUUGUCAUCGCAACAACUGAAAUCUUGCAUCAGGAAAAUAUUAACACAACAUGGCGACCCUGACGAAAUAAGGAAACUUCUGAAUGGUGACUGUCAUACUUGCAGCAAAGACUUUCGAUUUCUGAACGAAUUGUGUUUGACGUGUUUGUCCAGAGCGUUUGAAAGUAUACACCACUUUACCGUUGUUGAUGGAAUCAAGGCGUUCUCGCAAGCGGCGUUGGUGGUCAAAGAUGGAGAAGAAUGGGCGGCUUUGAAGAAAGCGAAAAGGCAUCCUGUCAUUCUUAUUGUUGAUGAGAUGCUAGACACAUUCCCGUGGGAAACCCUGCCCGUUCUGAACCACCAUCCGGUCAGUCGCAUGGAGAAUAUACAUUUCUUGUACAACUUGUACAAGAUACAUGAAAAAAAAUUCGUGAAUGGAUACUUCGUGUCGAGCUCCGAUGUCGGGAGAUACGUCAUAAAUCCUGAUAAAAACUUGGACCGCAUGGAAAAGCGUAUGGUGUCGUUUGUGCAAUACUGGUGCGGCGAUUGGUCGGGGCACAUCGGCGAGCCGCCGCCGCCCGAUUGCUUCCUCAGCUAUCUCAAGGAGUCCGACGUUUUUCUAUAUUGCGGGCACGGCGAUGGCUGUCAAUUAGGGGCGGGUGGGGCCAACGGGGUGGGGGUGGAGGCGGCUUGUGGGACCACCGCCAGCGCCCUGCUGUCGGGCUGCGGCUCCGUCAGGCUCUGCAGGGGCGAGGGCAGGGCUCCGCCCGCCGCCUCGCAUCAUCAUCUACACGUAGCCGGAUGUCCGAUGGUAAUCGGAAUGCUUUGGGAAGUGACCGACUUGGAGGUGGACAAAAUGGUCAGCACUCUGGUGUCACUGUACGUGCCGUCGAAAGCUGCCCACUCCUGGCAAAGUGUGGGCAAGGCCAAGUGGAGCCAGGGAGUGCUGGAUACAGAGGUGGAAGACAAAUCCCCAUUCGUGCCAGAACGUGAGUUGUUGCGAGCGCUGUGCCGCGCGCGCGGCUCCAGCAGCUUCGUGAUGAUCGCCAGCAGCAUGGUGGCCAGGGGGCUGCCGGUUCGAAUCCCGGAGGACGACGGAUAGUGGGUUUUUAAACGAAGAUGGCUGAAAUGUCAGAAAUCUUAAUGCUGCUUCAUCUGUGAUGAUUUGACGACAAAAUUAGAUACGUAAAAUACAUACUUAUGGCAUGUGUUUGUAUAUGGUAUAGAAUUAAAAGGAUUUUUUUUAA